CUACAAAUCACCUUUGCCGAGCCAGCAGGGACCAGCGACCUCCCAGCUGUGCAGACCAUUGUGGCGGGCAACUCGUUCUAUGGCGGCAUGUUCCUCUUUGACCGCUCACCCAGGACGCCGCUGCCUUUAUCCACGCGGUCGAAUGUCAUGCUGGGUGCUACUCACAGGGAGGUGGUGCAGUGCUUGGGGACCUGUCAGUUGAAUGAUGUUUGGUGGACAGACGUCUGUGAAGACGCAGCCACAUUCCCACAAACGAGCGGACCAUCAACAGUCAACGACGGCGGGGCCAAGGAUGCCGAGGACAAGGUGUUCCAGCACAAUGGCGGUGGGCUGCUGGAAGUUAAGAACUUGUAUGUCGAGAACAUGGGCUGCAUGUACCAACCUGGCGGGACCUGCGGUGAGAUGCCUGCCCGGGCAUCAACGUUUGAUGACAUUGUAGUCAAUGGGGCGAACAUGGUCACGGGCAUGAAUGGGAACUUUGAGGAUACUACGACAGUUUUAAAUUCUUAUGUUGUUUCGGAGAGCAUUUGUGAGUUGUUUGAGGGGUCC